AUGAAGUAUUCAGCAAUCACAUCUUUCCUUCCGGCAGCUUUCGCUGCACCUAUAGGUGGUCGCGAUACAGACGUGCAGCUACCCCGAGGCUGGAUAGCUGUCAACGCGUUUGAGGUUGCUCGGAUGAUGGCUAGCUCGCCCGCCGACAACAUAUUCAGCAAGCGCUUCCCAGGCAGUGUAUAUAUGUGUACCGAGGCAGAAUGGGCUGGCGAAUGCGCACGCGUGACCGUUCCCAUCUCGUAUACAUGCCAGGAUAUUCCGGCGCCGUUCACGUACAAUCUUGGUUCCAUCGGGCCAGAUCGUGGAGCGCUCUGCCGCAUAACUACAGUAUCGAGCCAGUCCAGCUGCGAUGCACACGGCGAUAUCUUUGUCGAGUUCCCUGGCAUCAGGAACUUAUUCAGCUUCAAGGAGCAGAACUAUGGCAAGGAUGCACAUCACAUCGAGUGCCAGGAGUGCACUGCUUGCCAGGGCGAAGAUUGA